AAAAAACCCAAACAGAAGACUGCGCUCGGCCCGUUCUGCGCAUGCUCUGCUGAGUUCGCCUGUUCUAGUAAAAAAACAGACACCCUCUAUAUCUCGACGUGUUGUUUGUGUGUUUUUGUUUGUUUGUUUACUGACCCCGUCCGGAAGCGGCCGUCGUCAUGGCGUACCAGCUGUACCGGAACACCACGCUGGGAAACAGCCUGCAGGAGAGUCUGGACGAGCUCAUCCAGACCCAGCAGAUCACCCCCCAGCUGGCGCUCCAGGUCCUGCUCCAGUUCGACAAAGCCAUCAACACGGCGCUCGCCAACAGAGUCCGGAACCGGGUCAACUUUAGGGGUUCUCUGAACACCUACCGGUUCUGUGAUAACGUCUGGACGUUUGUGCUGAACGACGUGGAGUUCAGGGAGGUGACGGACCUGGUGAAGGUGGACAAGGUGAAGAUCGUGGCGUGUGACGGAAAGAACUCCGGCUCCAACGCUGCAGAGUGACGGCGGCGGCGGCGCUGUGGGCGGACCACGACUGUACAUAUAAUUUAUUACAGCACGGUUACCUGUGAGCGUGUGCGAUCACGUGCAGCAGGUCUUUUUUUAUUCCGAUGGACGGUGUGUUUUCAGUUGGUGUGUGAGCUCAAUCCUCUUUAAUAAAAACUUUAUUUAAAAGGUU